GAGAGACGACGACGCGAUGGAGCUCACGACGGGAGCUCGCGCUGCGCUCCCCCACCGUCGACGGGCGGACGCUCAGUCAUCGAGGGAGAUGCAGUGGUGAUGGUAGUGGGAGAGCAGGGGAGGGGCAGGAGCUUGGCGGAUCCAUUGGUGUCAGCAUCGAUCGAUCGAUGGAUUGAAUGAGCAGCCGGAAAGUGCUCGAGCUUAUAUACUUGACGACGACGAGGCGCAGGAGACGGAAGACGCGAGCCGGUUGUGGAGUCAAGGGGAGCCGGGAAAGAGAUGUAAUGACCAGUGGAUUGCAGUGGCAGCGGGGAUCGAUUCUUGGCGAUCGGAUUGAAUUGGAGAGGGCUGAGUGGUUGGAUCGUAUGCUGGAAGUGGUGGGCGAAGAGGCCUGAAGAGCGCUUCUCGGACCGGCCUUCCUUGUUGGAAGGGAGAGGGAGAUUAUGUGGAGAGGAUUUCCGUUGUAGAUCGGUGGAAAUCAGGGGACGACAAUUUGGGAAUGAGGAUUGGAGCAGAGCUUAUUUCGUAGAAGGGGAAGGAUCGAGUUUUCAAUCACAGGAGGAAGAUGGAGCUCAGCAGAUCUGUUGUUAGGAACUGGACGGAAAGUGCAUUGUUGCUGGUUCGCUGUUGAUUCUGAUAGCGGAGAAUGAGUGAGAAUUUGUAGUUUUGACGUGACUAUUCACGCCUAUGUAAGACAUUGGCAUUUCAUCGCGUCAUCAGGCGUUUUUUGUUGUCUCGUUCAUAAUGGCUCCUACAGAAAUACAGACUGCCUAUUCUGGUCCUCAUCACAAGUCUGUUGCAGCAUUGUUCGGCGAUGACUCGGACUCUCAGCCGUUGUGGUUCAAGAAAGAUGCUUUUGGAGAGCCAAAUUUUGACACAGAAGCAUACAUUUCAGAUCUUCGAAGGUUUGUCCCAUUUGAUACCUUGAGGGCGGAGCUUCGGAGCCAUCAAGCAGUCUUGAAGCACGAGCUUGUUGAACUUAUCAACAGGGACUACACUGAUUUCGUCAAUUUGAGUACUAAACUUGUCGACGUUGAUGGAGCUGUGCUGCGCAUGCGGAUGCCUUUGAAUGAGCUCAGAGGAAAGCUGCUGACUGUUAGAGAAAGUGUCAGUGGAUCUCUUGCAUCACUUCAAGACGGACUGAAGCGUAGGGCUGAAGCUUCAGCAUCACGAGAAAUUUUGGAGCUCCUUCUUGACACCUCACAUGUCGUUUCCAAGGUUGAGAAACUACUCGUUGAGUUACAAAGUAUGCCAGAAGACGAUACACAUAUUUCAGAUGAGCCAGGAAAGAGUGAUUUCCAGAGGGAUGCUAAACUUGGAGAUGAACACGUGGAGCAUGGUGCAAAUCUUGAAGAGUCUCGAAGUCGACUUCUGGAGAGAAUCGCUAGUGAAAUGAAUCGACUUAAAUUUUACGUAGCUCGUGCCCAGGAUCUACCGUUCAUUCAAAACAUGGAAAGAAGAAUCCAAAAUGCAGAUUUCUCCCUGAAUGCAAGCCUACGCCGAUCUUUUGAAGGUGGCUUAGAGCGUCGUGAUGGGUCCGUAAUAGAUCACUGCCUUAGAGCCUAUGCUGCGAUUGACAAUAUAUCUGGUGCGGAGGAGGCUUUUCGCUCUGCUGUGGUUGCCCCAUUUGUGCAACAAAUUAUACCCACAAGUCCGGAAAAAAGGGUCGUCGGCGGUAACAGUGAUCAGCUAUCUGAGGUUCUGAAAGAAAUAGAGACUCGUAUACAGACCGACUGCAAGUUUUUGCUUGAUAUAUCAGCAGCAGCAAACUCCGGCCUCCACGUCUUUGAUUUUUUGAGCAACUCCAUACUUAAGGAAGUGCACUCAGCAAUACAGAAGGGAAAGCCUGGGGCCUUCUCACCCGGCAAGCCAGCUGAGUUUCUGGCCAACUACAAGGCCAGCUUGAAGUUUCUGAAUUUCUUGGAAGGUUAUUGUCAAUCGCAGGCAGCUGUCGAGAAGUUUCGAUCUCAGAGUGCGUAUUUCGAGUUUAUGAAGCAGUGGAAUCUCGGUGUCUAUUAUACACUUCGCCUUCAGGAAAUAGCGGGAGCGCUAGAUAUUGCAGUCACCACCACCGUCACAACACCAGCACAAGGUGUCGUUAAUUAUGAUGAAGAUGGCUCGUUAGGAUUGGCAUUACAUCCCAGUUCCGUUCUCUGGGAUUGUCUUCAACGCUGCUGGCAAGAAGAUGUUUUCAUUAAAGCGGUGUCCGAUAAGUUCCUGAAGCUGACGUUACAACUUCUUUCAAGGUAUUCAACAUGGCUAUCGGCAGGUCUUGUAGCACGCAGAGCUGGAAAUACAGAGAAACCAGCAGGAGGGAACUUCGCCUUGGUAGCUACUCCGGAAGAUUUUAUUCUUGUGGGCCAUGAUGUAAAACUAUUAGCUCAGAAGAUAAAAGGUCCACAUCUGCAGCACGUAGAAGCUGCUCUGACUCCAAGCGCCCCUGAAGUAUUCGCAUUAGUAAAGCAGAGUAUAUUCCAGGCAGCUGAUCUAUUACUUGAGCUUGUUCCAGCUCUAACUGAUGUUUUGACGGAGGCCUUGGCUGACAAGUGUGCGGAGGCAUUGAAACAAGCGAAGGGUAUAACGGCCACGUUUCGGAUGACAAACAAGCCACUCCCCACGAGGCAUUCGCCCUAUGUUUCCAGUAUACUACAGCCUCUGAAGGCCUUUCUCGAAGGAGAACGUAUCAUUUAUCUUGCGCAAGAUGCCCAGGAGGAGCUACUUGGAACUGUUGUCGAGAAGAUCACCACUCGAUACAACGACCAAGCUCGUGACAUUAUCAACACCGCCCGGAAAACCGAAUCAACGUUACAAAGGUUUAGGCAGGGAGCGGCACGACAAAGAGGAGGAGGAGCAGAUACAAGUGAAAACAGUAUAUCGGAUACUGACAAAAUUUGUGCCCAACUCUUCCUUGAUGUCCAGGAAUAUGGGAGAAGGCUUUCUGCUCUUGGAAUCUCUGCAGCAGAUUUGCCCGUUUACGUAUCGUUGUGGCAGUGUGUUGCCACCGUCGAUAGGCAAAAUGAUAUUAGAUUCUAAGCGCAACCAAUUUAUUUUCGAAUAGAUAGAACAGGCCCCCAUCCAGACCCGGAAGGAGCUCGGGUCAGAUGGAUAUUUUUAGACAGUUCAGGCUAUGAGAUGGUACAAAGAAGUAUUUUCCCGGCUGCUCUUACCAAAUUGACUGGAUCCUCUCGGACAGAAUGUGCCUCACCUGCUCUCUUACCAGAUUGACUAGAUCCUCAGGAACUCAGAUCUAUCAAGUUACAGUAUCGAAGUCUGUUCUGGUACCAUUGCUGCCUCGGCUUUGUCGUGGAUUACGAAACGCAGUUUUGAUUGCUUCAUGAGUAGUUUGAUCCAUGGGCAGUGAGGUGUUGACCGGAUAUUGGGUCAGCGCACAAAAGUGUGGAUGUAGCACAAAUACUCAAAUAAAUUAUGAUAAGUACAUCUCAUCAAUUUCAUGUAUGUAUUGUAUACAUCGAGAGCCCAAUACGACUCAU